AAAAACUUAUGGUUAAAUUCGGAGUAUUCUUUUGCGAACUUUGCAUGAAUUUUUUCGGCGCGAAUUCUGAUUGAUUUGAACCGGGAUGACAAUCAACGCGGCAUCUCGCCUCCUAAGCAUGACAAGCUCAAUUUCACAUGGAAAUUCGGUGGAAAAUGCAAGAAAAUUGUGAAAAAAUUUGCCGUUCAAGCGAGAAAGCUAUAGUAUUUGUGCGAGUGAGAGGGUAGACUUGAGACAGCAAGCGUAAAAUAAGAUUUUCAUCAAUGCAACAGCGCCAAAAGUUGCAGCGGAAAUUUUUGUAACUUCAAUGAGCAGCAGUUUGGUGUGUGAAAAAAUGUCAGUUUCGCUGAAAAUGUUGAAAGGACAGGUUUUUUAUUAUUUCUCAUCCGCUAAAAAGUGAAGGAAAUUGUGCGGUGCAGUGGGUUGAAGUGAAAAGGCGUGUGAGUUAGCUGUAAACGCCGAGGAUUCGGAUAUAAGACACAAAAAAAAACAAUUCGUGAGUGCUAUAAAAGGCGUUGUACGAGGCCCCCAAAAUGGCAUUUUUCCAAGUUAUCGCCGGAGUUACGUCCAGCCUCAUGGUGACCCCCGUGCUGAUGCUCAUCCUCUGCAUCAUCUUCGUGGGAUCCCUUGGAAAAUCUUUCGGAAUACGCCGCCUCUACGUUAACUUCCUCCUCAAGAUAUUCGAGUAUGGACGAGUUAACAUUGAGACAGCUAAAAAGUCUCGAUAUCCCGAAGCAGAUGACACAGAAACAGAGGGUACAACACAAGCCCAGACAACCAUUACAACGGCAGAUCACGCGGAAAAGGUGAUUGCCAAUGGGAAUGGUUAUUUGGGGAAGACCCCACAACAAAAUGGUGGGAAUCACCUCAUUUCACGUGAUCCCCUCAUUUUGGCUCCUGAUGCGGAGACAACAACAAAGAAGGAGCCAACAAGAAAAAUUUCCAGCAGUGAUGGUGAAACGUCUGAUGAAUUUACCGGAGAGGAGAACAAUUUUGAAUUUAAUCUGGAAAAUUGUCUGGACUAUGUGAAAGCGGGUAUGGAGGCUAUAAUUGAGGAUGAUGUAACAUCGCGCUUUGAAGCGGAAGAACUGAAGAAUUGGAAUCUUCUAACACGAACAAAUCGACAUUACGAAUUUAUCUCAUGGCGUCUAACAGUUAUAUGGAUGUGUGGUUUCUUUGUAAGAUACACCGUCCUUAUGCCACUGAGAGUACUCAUUUGUUUCCUUGGGGUCUUGUGGCUGGUUAUUUGUACAGCAUUAGUGGGAUCAUUGCCAGAUAAUGAAUUCAAAAGAUGGACAGUACCACCAAUUUUGAGGCAUUGCUUCUCCAUUCUGGCCAGUUCCGUAUCACUGGUCGCUUCGUAUCACAAUGAAGAGAAUCGACCACUAAAUGGAAUAUGCGUUGCCAAUCAUACAACACCCGUCGAUGCUCUUGUACUCAUGCACGACAAUUGUUACUCAUUGAUUGGGCAACGACAUGGGGGCUUUUUGGGCGUUCUUCAGCGUGCCCUGGCUCGUGCAUCGCCACAUAUUUGGUUUGAACGUGCCGAGGCGAAGGAUCGUUUAGCUGUGGCCCAGCGUCUACGGCAACACGUGUCAAAUCCCCGAAACCCACCGAUUCUUAUCUUCCCAGAGGGCACGUGCAUCAAUAAUACGUCGGUGAUGCAAUUCAAAAAGGGGAGCUUUGAAGUUGGGGGCGUUAUCUAUCCAGUUGCCAUUAAGUACGAUGCACGUUUUGGCGAUGCCUUUUGGAAUAGUUCGAGAUAUUCAAUGAUGCAAUAUCUCUACAUGAUGAUGACCUCGUGGGCCAUUGUGUGCGAUGUUUGGUAUUUGCCGCCAAUGUUCCGGCAAGAGGGUGAAUCUGCGAUUGAUUUUGCAAAUCGCGUCAAAAGUGUAAUUGCAAAGCAGGGUGGCCUCGUGGAUCUCAUGUGGGAUGGCCAAUUGAAGCGUAUGAAGCCAAAGAAGGAAUGGCGGCAAAAGCAACAAGAAGAAUUCACAAAGAGACUCAAAGGCGAAUAAGGAGACACAAAUCCACAUUAAAAAAAAAAGAUUUUUCAACAAAAAGGACAUCCCUCUACCAACACAAACAUCAACAAUUUUUUUAAAAGAAACAAACAAGAAAAAAAAGAAGCUAUCUGUUUUUAUUCCCUCUAGGAUGGAAAUUUAAAUCAGACCAGCAAUUUGUGUUAAGGGUGUGUGGAUUGAGAAAGAGUUUAACCCCCCAAAGACCCCAAGAAAAAACAAUAAAAGGAACAAAAAAAAAGCUAGAACGCCAUGGGGGUUGAGGCUCUUUCAAAAGAAGUAAUAAUGUGAUAAUUAGCCUAUUUUUUCUUCUUCUUCAGUGUCUUUAGCCAACAAUUUUUUUUCAUUAAUAUUAUCCUUAAUUUUCUUUUCCACUAUUUGUACGACAAAUUGUCUUAUUUUGCUGGCAAAACUUACAUAAAAAAAUUACCUACUAUCAUAAUAGAUAAAACAAAAAUAGUAGAGAAUAUUCUUUCUCUUGUAUUUGCUUAUAUACCAGGGAGACUCCAUGCGGGGGCGUUACAAUUUUUGCAUGAGACAAUGUCUGAGUGUGACGAAAAGCUUUCAUUUUGAAUGAUUUAUAAAUUCAAUUUAAUUAAUAAAUAAUUUAGAAAAAUUAAUUUCCUAGUAAAAUAUUCUUUUUCAGAAAGAAAAAAGAAACUAAAAAAUAUAUUUUUAAGCUUUUCUUGCUUGUUGAAUUUUCAAAUACAAAAUACUUUGCAUUUUUGCGUCAAAAACUUAUUCUUUCCGCGUUCAAAGUCUCCCUGUUAUGGGAAAAAAAUAAAGCAUAAAUCAACAUAAUAAGGAUUUAUAUAAAUAUAUUCAAGAAAUACAUUGUGAAAAAAAAUGAAAGAAAUGUAUUCCGAAAUAUACACAAAAUAAAAAGCUAGUCAUGGCGGUUUCAGCUGCUCAUCACACAAAAACCACAUAAAUAAAAAAAAUGAUUAAGAAUAAAAAAUAAUUUUGCAUUCCAUUUUGUGUCUAGAACAGAACUAAUAAACUUUUUUUUUUUCUUAUGUGUGAGAGAAAAAAUAUAAAAAUGAAUUAAUUUAACAACAAAUUUAAGUUUAAAAUAGAGUAGAUUUUUUAUACUCACGCCCCAAAUAGAUUUUUUUUCGUAUAUUUACCAUUUUACGAUUAAUUUAGCGCCAGAAAUGUGUGAAAAAAAUAAUAAAUUAAGUUGUAAAUAAAUUUGGAGAGAAUAUUUUGGUGAGAAA